UUUUAACGGCUUCAUCAUGGGGGACAUGUUUCGCAGUGAGAAAAUGUCCUUGUGCCAAAUCUUCCUGCAACCGGAAGCGGCCUAUGCCUCGUUGGCAGAGUUGGGAGAGAGUGGCUGUGUACAAUUUCGUGAUAUGAACGAAGGCACUACAUCGUAUCUGCGUAAAUACGUUUCGGAAGUAAGACGCUGUGACGAAAUGGAGCGUAAGAUACGUUUUAUAGAAAGUGAAAUCAAAAAAGAUGAUCUGCAUAUGCCAGAGUUAAUGGAGAUACCACCAGCACCCAAGCCCAGAGAAAUGAUCGAUUUGGAGGGUCAUUUGGAAAAGUGCGAAAAGGAAAUAACGGAGUUAUCGCAAAACGAUGUCAAUCUUAAGUCCAACUAUUUGGAAUUAACCGAAAUGUUAAGGGUUUUGGAGAAAACACAAGACUUCUUUGCCGAACAAGCCGUGGUGAAUAUGGAGUUGAAUAAACAAAACGAACAUCAUCAUCACGAAGCUGGUGGUCAUUUGGGUUUUGUGGCGGGUGUGGUGAAUCGCGAGAGAGAGUUUGCUUUCGAGCGUAUGCUGUGGCGUGUAGCACGCGGUAAUGCCUACCUCAAAAAAUCACCCUUGGAGGAGUCCUUGAAGGAUCCUAAAACAGGCAAUAAAAUGUAUAAGACUGUGUUUGUGGUCUUCUUCCAGGGCGAACAAUUGAGAAGUAGAAUAAAGAAAGUGUGUACCGGUUUCCAUGCCUCCAUGUAUCCUUGUCCCAAUGAGCAUGAUGAACGUGAGGGUAUGAUUAAGGGUUUGCGUACCAGAAUCGAGGAUUUGCAGGUGGUAUUGAAACAGACCGAAGAUCAACGUACUUGCGUGUUGGUGGCUGUGUCCAAACAAUUGGCAGCCUGGGAAGUCAUGGUAAAGAAAAUGAAGGCAGUGUACUUCACAUUGAAUAUGUUGAGUCAAGAUGUGACCAGUAAAUGUUUGAUUGGAGAAUGUUGGGUACCUACUAGAGAUUUGGAAAAUGUUCAGGCCUGUUUAGCGGAGGGUUCUGCUGCGGUAGGCAGUACAGUACCUUCUUUCCUAAAUGUGGUUGAAACCAAUGAUCGGCCGCCCACCUACAAUCGUACCAACAAGUUCACUAGAGGCUUCCAAAAUCUUAUUGAUGCCUAUGGUGUGGCCACUUAUCGUGAAGCCAAUCCCGCUCUAUAUACUUGCAUUACAUUUCCCUUCCUCUUUGCUGUGAUGUUUGGUGACAUGGGCCAUGGUUUUAUUCUGCUGCUUUUCGGUGCCUGGAUGGUUAUUUGGGAAAAGUCUUUGGGUCGCAAAAAGGGUGGAGAAAUUUGGAAUAUUUUCUUUGGUGGUCGCUACAUUAUCUUGCUCAUGGGUAUCUUUGCUGUCUACACUGGAUUCACGUACAAUGAUUGUUUCUCCAAGUCAUUCAAUGUAUUUGGCUCCACAUGGCGUGUGCGUUAUAACACAACCACCGUGCUAACAAAUCCCCAGGGUCUUACUUUGAAUCCCAGUUAUGCGACCACCGGAGUUUAUGUAUGGGGCAUGGAUCCGAUUUGGCAGUUGGCUGAUAACAAGAUUAUCUUCUUAAAUACCUACAAAAUGAAACUGUCUAUUAUUUUUGGUGUCCUGCACAUGGUAUUUGGUGUUUGCAUGUCGGUGGUGAAUUUUGUUUAUUUCAAACGUUAUGCCAGUAUUUUGCUGGAAUUUUUGCCACAGAUUAUUUUCCUGCUAAUGUUGUUCGGUUACAUGGUCUUCAUGAUGUUCUACAAAUGGGUAAAAUAUUCGCCCACCACCUCUUAUCAACCGGACACUCCGGGUUGUGCACCUUCCGUGCUGAUUAUGUUCAUUAACAUGAUGCUGUUUAAGAGUACUCCCCCCUUGCCAGGCUGCGAUGAGUUUAUGUUUGACAAACAGUCCACACUAGAAAUGGCAUUUGUGGUUGUGGCCGUGAUUUGUAUUCCCUGGAUGUUGAUUGGCAAACCUUUGUACAUCAAGUACACCAGAGAUCAUAAACCAGUGCAUCCUGAUGAUUUCACCUCCACAGACACUUUGGAAAUGGUAGAAGGUGAUACCGCUGUUGUGGUGGAAGUUAUUCAAACAUCCAACAAAGAUUCGGAUAAUGCUGGUCAUGACCAUGAUGAAGAACCCAUGAGUGAGAUAUGGAUUCAUCAGGCUAUUCAUACCAUUGAAUAUGUGCUCAGUACCAUUUCUCACACCGCUUCAUAUUUGCGUUUGUGGGCCUUGUCCUUGGCUCAUGCUCAAUUAUCUGAGGUUUUAUGGACUAUGGUUUUAUCAUUGGGCCUGCAGCUUAAGGGUUACACCGGUUCCAUUGGCCUCUUCUUUAUUUUUGCCAUUUGGGUGUUCUUUACACUCGCCAUUAUGGUCAUGAUGGAGGGCUUGUCAGCCUUUUUACAUACUUUACGUUUGCAUUGGGUCGAAUUCAUGAGCAAAUUUUAUGAAGGCGCUGGUUACAUCUUCCAACCAUUUAGUUUUAAGGCCAUUUUAGAGGCUGAAGAUGAGGCUUAAAUUUGUUAUUUAAAUAAAAUGUUUUUAAAUAAAGUUUAGCAUUA